UAUGAUUUACUAAUCAUACAUAAAAAUUAUUAAAUUACUUCAAUUCGAAACUAACAAAAAUUUUAAGUGAAUAUUUUAAAAAACGAGAUAUAAAACCGAAGAAAACAAAAUAAAAAAAAACAGCCAAAAAUUCUCAGUUUAUGGAAAGGUCAUCUUAUUUAAACAUAUAUUUGCAACGUUUGAAAUAUUACAACAGCUUCUCUAAUAAGCGUAGAACAUUUGUUCCUAAAAAACUCCAAAAUAAACAACGUUUAAUACCCCUAACAAGAGAAAUCGAAAAGGCAAUGAUGGAUUUUAAUGGUUCACAAUCGAACACUAGCAUUUCCGAAAAACCUAUCUACAAUACACUCUCCAUAACGAGCCUAGUUAGGGGUGAAGUUCAAAAUAUUCUUCAAGAAUUAUCCAUAUCCGAACAGUUUAUACGCAAAGUAGAAAUUGAUGAUUUAAUAGAGAAAUGUUUGAAGGAAAAAGUUACAAUUAUACAAGACACUGAUGCUAAAACAAACCAUUUGAUUCUUAGAGAUUUCGAUAUAAAUCAAGAAUUUGAAAUGACGGUGGAAGAAAUGUCUGAGGAUAAGGAUAGAAGUAUGUUGAUUGUAGAGAACAUACAAAUCUUGGAACAACGCAUAACAACAUUAGAAGAAAGAUUAAGUUCGAUGCUGCAAAAUAUUCCAAAAUUAAGACAUAUACAGGCUAAACGUUUUAAAAUCAAUACAAGUGCCAUUAAAGAGGAACUACGUAAUAUGAUACAAAAAAUGGAAAAACUACAAGAGGAGCAGACUGUUGCCAGUGUAGCUUUGCAAGAUGAAAACGACAAUAAGGAAAAAUCCUCCACCUUAUAUGAUGAUAUAUAUUACGCUAAUCGUGAAUACACUAUAAAUUUAUUGAAUUAUAAGAAAUCUUUGGAAACAAUGGAAUUAAAUCAAAAGCCCAAAUUGAAUCCGUACGUAAAACCUGUUAAUAUGGUUUUGCCACAAGCGCGGGGCAAAAUCAAACAACGUCCCUUAUUCUUAAAAUCAAGUGAUAUGUGCUUAGGAUAAAUAUUAUUAAAAUAAUCUUUAUUAAUAAGUAUUGAUAUAAAUAAAACGAAAUUAUAAUGUAACAUCUUUUA